CAUGCCAUAUGAUAUGCUUAUGCCGCCACCAUUCUAGCUAGCUGGCUGGCCAAUGGCGGAGUGGAGACUUUACGCUGUUAUUCAACAUAAUUCAGGACUGGACGGACGGACUAGGCACGAAUCAGGAUAUGAUAUGGGAGUCUUAACUUGCGUUUUUCUUUUCCCUGCUCCUACGCUGUUCUGUGUACUACUACUGGGUAUUUACGUUGUACUACAGGCAGGCCUGGUGCUGAAAAUAAUCAUCAUCUCGCUCUCUCCCCUCUCCCCUACAGCGAGAGAUUUUAACCUUUCCCCCCCUUUCUUUUUUUUGUGGCUCGAGCUCCGGUGUUACGCUGUACUGCGUAGACCCAUCCACCGCCCUUCCAGCCCUUAAAACCCCCCCCCCCCCAUUUAUCGACCCAUUCCAUCCUCCCCGAUAUCUGCUGCGUACGUCGUCUCGGGGGUGAUUGUCACCAAUAGAUCUCCCUCCGUUCCAUGUCGCUGCUGCUUUGGGGUUCAGAGGGACGCCAUCUUCUCCCCCUAACUGGUCAAUCAUCGGCGAGAAAAAUAGGGAUUGACCAUGUCUGCCCGUCCGCCUCCACUGGGCGCUUCCGCCAUUCAGAAUCACCACAGCCAUUUAUCGUCCACGCCCUCUUCCUCUCAUUCGACUCUGCUUCAACAACGCCAGAAAACUCCUCCACAAGCUCUCCCUCUCCAGACCGUUCCUGCGAACGGGCAAUCCGUAGCUGUUUCUUCCCCCACCCGCAGGAAGCCUCUCCCGGGCGUCCCCGCCUCUGCUUCUUCCCUAGAUGCAAAGCCUCUUCCUCCCAUUAAUAGCAAUAACUCUAAAAGCCCAGAAGCAUCAUCGUCGCCAGCGUCUUCUUCUAGCUUCGUGAUUAGGGAUCUUGAUCGAUUCCCUCACGGCCAACCCCUUGUUUUCUCUCCCAAGGCAAUCGACCAACAAAGAGAAGUCUAUUUCGGAUCCGCGAAUGGAAGGAAUUUGGAACAAUCCGUUCAUUCUCGCCUGGUCAGCGAACCCCUAAUUCCUCUCGCUUCUCCCACCCUCUCGCAGGGCUCAAACAAAGCCGCAGACCACAAACGCUCUGUCACUAUGGCUCUACAUCCUCGAACGAACAGACCACCACCGCUACGAGCCGAUUCAGUAAAGACAAUGCCCAGUCCCAGCGAAUUUAAGAACCAGCCAAAGACUCCAGGAAAUAAAAUCACUUCAUUUUUCGGCUGGAAGUCAGCGUCUUCCCCUGGAGCAGAAUCGAGUAGCACCGAGAUCUCUGACUCGGGCCACUCAAACCUUCCAUCCCCAAUCAAUGGCUCAGCCCUGCCAACUUCCUUCUCGUCACGUUACCCUUCUCACGAUUCGUAUGGUGCUCCCGCCCCCAGAAUGCCUGAUCGAUCGUUCUCCAUUGCAGAGCAAGACAUGAACGCGAAAUUGAAGGAAAUGGAACAUGAGUUGCGCGAGAUCAGUUCAGAAUUGGCUGGCUCUAUCAAACGUGAAAUGGAAUUGGAAGAUUUGGUUGAGAGAUUACAGCUGGAAGCUACAGUUGGGCCUGAGCCGAACCGUCGGACUAGCGAUUACUUCUCCGAUUCGGGAACGAGCUCCGUAAAAUAUCCGCUCAGCGACGCUGGCGGCAGCAGCAGAGCGGAAGAAUUCGAGAGAAUGAAACGAAACCUGGAGCAAGAACGUGCUCAGUUAAAAGUUGAUUUAUCUCAAAGGUGGCAGGAAGAGCGAUCUCGUCGCGUCGCCUUUGAGUCUCAUGUUCGGAUACUGGAGGGGCAGGUAGAGCAGCUACGUCGUGAGAGAGUGGACGCCUCGAAUAUAAACGCAAAAACGAAAGAAUUAGAGGCCGCAUUAGAAGAUACUCGACGGCGGUUGACGGAAGAACGACAGCUAAAAGACAACUUCGAGGAUCUAUUGACGGCUAUGAGAGUCGAACUCGAGCAGCUUCGAAAUGAACGGGACCAACUCCGAAAUGAAACUGUUCCGCAGCUUCAAGCCAAAUUACAACAUGAUUUGCAAGGAUUGCGCAACGAGAAUGCUAUGUUAAGUCAAGCGAGGAAAAUACAGCUAGACAUGCAGCAGCAACAAGUCCGAAUAAACUCGAUUGCCGAAGAGGAUGGAAUGUCUAUGGGUAAAGGUAGUCUGUCAAGAUCUAAUUCGCUUGCACGAGGCCUACCAAGACCAAGUGGCCUAGGUCGCUCAGGGUCCGUCUCAAGACAGGGAUCCCGACCAGCCUCCAUUAUUGGCAAGGAGCGUGAAUUUAAAGAAUCAUUGGUAGAUCGGAUGAAAGACGUAGAGAUGCAACGUGAUGCCCUCCACCAGACUGUCAGGAGUCUCCUUGAGCGUCAGAACGUACAAACUCGAGAAAACGAGAAGCGGAUCCGGAUGCUGGAGAUUGAGCUCGAACGUGCCCGACAAUCAGGUUCCCCACGAAGAUUAGGCUAUGAACGGGAUGUUAUAAAUUUGCGGGAGGAAAUUAAUCUUCUUAGGCGCCGGGCUGAUGAGGCGCUGGAGCAAAAAUGGCAGUGUGAGAAGGGAUUGGCCGGAUUGAAAAUGGACCUGGACCGUGCUGAGCAGGAGACCGGUUCCCUCCGCGCGCUACUGCAGGAACACGAUAUCCUUGUCCCCGCCGCAGCUAAAAGCGACUUGGCAGACUUCAAUACAUCAAGCUCUUCGCUUGAAGAUGCCUUCACGCAACUGCAAGCAGACAGCGCUUAUGUCCAGGACCCCGACAAUGGCCUCGGACUACAAGUUCUCCAGCAACUAGCCACGAACAAGGCAUUGAAACAGCGUCUCUCAGAGGCAAUUGACAAGGGAGAACGCGAACAAAAUAACUCAGCAACCAGAAUCAACGAAUUGCAAACCCGCCUCAAGUUCCUCGAGGAUGCCCUUAUGGCCGCGCAGCAUGCCUCCGAGGAGGAAGUUGCUAAACACGAGCGGGAAAUCGAGGCGCUGAAAGAAACCCACAACGCCCAGCUCAUGCGCGCGAAGAAUGGUAGUAGAAGCCCCGCCUUACUCUCCCCAAGGAUGCCCAAAUCACCCUUCUCCGGACCCCGGUCUCCACGGCUUGGCCAAACAACAAGUGGUGAGGGAAUUUCCCUUAACCAGGCUAUUAAGAUGGAGGCUGUAGAAGCACGCGUCCAGGAGCUUGAGAAGGCCCUGCGCGAAGCUGAUCGGGAGAUGGAAACUGUUGUUGGUCGUAUGAAUAUGGCACAGAUUGAGGUUGCUGAGUUGCAAUCUGACAGAGACGAAGCAAUCCGCCAGACCCGCAAGCUACAAGCCCAAAUCCAAGCUGAGCGUGAAAAGUGCCAGAAGGGAAUUCUUCAAUGAAAGAAUAACACCAAAUAAAGUAUAUAGGAACGAAAAGGUCCUGCCGAUUCAACGACGCCUUUCCGAAAUAAACGUUCUCUCACGCGAUAAACUAUUUUUCCCUACGUGCAUGAUGGUAUAUACACGUAUUUAAUAUAUUAAUCAUAAACCCCUGCUCCGCCUGCUACCAACUAAGGAAACAGAAGAUAUUAUAGACAUUAACAUCUUGCAUACGCAUCCCAUACACACAUAUACGCAUGCGCAUGCACAUCUUGCAACCUAUACAUGCCGUUCAACUACCGUUGGAAUUUUUCAGCUCCUUGUUUUCUUGUUUUCCAUUUUACCUUGUUUCGAUUAUCAGUCACCAAUAGGAAUUUUCCCCUCCUUUCUAGGAGGGGGCCGCCAUUGUUUUUCUUCACUUCUGCCCUUAUAUUCUUGCUUGCAUAUCAGCCCAGGCGUCAAAUUCUUUCAAUAAUUUACCUCUUUUACAUUCCAUUCGUUUUUGGCGCGAGAAUACCCCACGAGUUUAUUUGUUUAUUUUUACUUUACUUUUAUUUUAUUUUAUUUUUUCUGUCUUCAGCAAAAGAAUAGCACCAUCGCACACUGCAUACAUUUUCACAUUCUUUUUAUAUUAAGGGAUAAAAAGGCUCUUUCAUACCAAGAAAGAUUAGUUAUGUUGUUUGGCAUAUUUUCUUUUGGUCAUCUUUUUUGCACCACUUAUCAUCAGCUCUUCUUUCACCCUUUGUUAUAACGAAUUUCAAGAUUCGCCUCCAUGCAGUGUUUCCCUUUUUUCACCUGUGGAUGAAUUUCCUUUUCAAAAAAUCUGUCAAUCUACUCUCUGCAUAUUUGGCUGAGGUAUCUUUGGGUUUCGUGUGUCGUCUUAUUCUUUGCUUUAUCACUGGAUUUGAGGGUUGGUUGUACUGUUAUAUUAUAUUUGCCUUUCAUCGUGACGUCGGAGACUCGAGAUGGUGCCUUCUUCUCUUUCCCGUUUUCUCGCCUCAGAGAUGAAACGUGCGGUGGAACGGCAUGGCUGAUUGAAUAUAUGUAUAAACUUACUUUUCCUUUACCAAGUUUUUGCUUUCUUGAGCGUUUUGUCUCUUCGUUUCAUCUGUCUUAGCGGCCCCUUUGCUUUGCUCUUUUUUUUUUUUUUUUUUUGUCUACUUUUCAGCCAAAUUCUGUAUAGUAUUUUUCUCUUCUCUUUUAUUUAUUUUGUUUCGUGCUCUAUAUAUGUAUACCGCUGCUGGUUGAAAUUUGAAUUGUCAAUGUAUGUUAGAUUUGUUUUAGCGCUUUUAUGCUUUUUUUCCUAGCUGGAGCAGGCGUUGUCCUAUCAGUAGUGCGGCUCCUGUUUGAGAUGGCCGUUUUUAUUUGAAAAGCGGUAAAGAAAAGGUAAUUAAUCCGAAUCAACCUAAUACCUUCUCAAUCUACCCUCUUGUUUGCCCAAGGCAGGCAAAAAUAAAGAAAACAAAAAAAUGAAUUUCAAAAAAAAAAGAAAAAAGAAAAAGAGA